UUGUUGCAGAUUUUCUUUAUGUUCUUGACUGUCUCGUCAUUUGCUUUGUUCUACUAUUUUGCGGUGCCUCAUGUUCCUGGUCCUUACCUCGGGAGAAUUCAUCAGUUUUUGAUUCCAGCGCAUAUUGGUGUUCUCUACUAUUCUUAUUAUAUGGCUUGUACUGCAGAUCCUGGUAUUAUUACUGCCAAUAAUCACCAGAGUUACAUGGAUCAUUACAAAUAUGACAAUUUGUUGUACGAGCCCAAAGAGUGUACUACUUGCAAGCGACUCAAGCCCGCAAGAUCCAAACAUUGUUCAAUGUGCCAUGCAUGUGUAGGACGAUCCGAUCACCACUGUGCGUGGAUCAAUCGAUGUGUGGGUGUGAAUAAUCAUCGGUACUUCUUCUUUUUCUUGUACUCCUUGAUCCAAUUGUGUGUGUAUGGUACC